AAGAAGAAACCUCUGGAAAAUUUUCUUGAUCUAUGGGACAUCAGCAUCAUGACAGGGGUUCAGCCAAUGCCCUGCCCGGUGCUCCUGGGCACUGUGAAAAGUGGAGGUUUACCAGCCCUCCUACACAGAUACACAAUUGAGAAAAAAGUAGCAAAAGUGGAGAAAGUACUAAAAAAAGGAGUGGGAGUUGACAGCAUUAACCACCUUGGACAGACACCACUCUUUUGCGCGUCUCUCCUCGGCUUCGUCAGUGUAGCAGAGAAACUUCUGCAGUAUGGAGCAAACCCAAAUCACCGCUGUAAUGAUGAAAGUACCCCCAUCCAUGCUGCAGUUUUCUCUUGUAAUCCCUGGCUCCUGAGUUCUCUGCUGGAUGCUGGCGGGGACCUGCGUCUCCAUGAUGAUCAGGGCCGGACUCCGAAGGACUGGGCCGUGGCAGGUGCUCAGGAGAACAGCCCCAAGAUGCUUGCUUUUCUGAAGAGAUGCGAGUCUCAAAUGCAAAGGUUGUUGCAGACGCAUCUGUCCGGGGAUGUGCGUUCCUCCCCUACCUCCUCAAAGACUCUCCUGAACUCUCCGUCCCUGCUCAAGCUCCUGCUCCCUUGGGGAUAUGAGCUCAGUCAUGAAAAUAAAACUAGCUAUAAGAUGUCUGCCCGUGAUUUGAUGAUGCAGUGUUUUGGCUAUGGAAAGUUAUGCUUUGGGAAGCCAGGGCUGAGUCUGGGAUUGGCUGCUUCUGUGCCCUUGAUAUGUGACGGUGACUUAUCUCAAGCUAAUGAUGAGCCCCUUAACUCAUUUAUGUGUGGAUCUUUCAUACGUAUGACCAAUUACAGUUGGAAAGGAUGUCGUGUCACUGUUAAAGAGCUACAUGAUGAGAUUUUGCAACAAUGUGAAGAAAAAGAUGGUCUUCUGGAUCUACUAAUUUCUGAGCAGGAGUAUUGCUGUCAUGUGUCUCACCCACACAUGCUGUUGCUGAUGGCUGUGAGUAUGUCCGCUGGCCUGGACAGCACAAGGCUGGUCUAUGAGAGAGUGAAUGUGGGAUCCCUGUACAGUCUGCUUCAUCAAAAGCGGGAUGAGUUUCCUCUACUACAGCUGGUUGACCUGUUAUCUAUGGUGCUACAGGUGUGUGAGGUGUUAAUGUACCUGAACAGCCGAUCUCUGGUGCUCCGGGCCCUUUCAUCACACACUGUACUCAUAGUACACCCUGGAGUUGCGAAGGUUACGGGCCUCGGGUUCAUGGUGCCCAGUGAGGGAACAUGCCUCUACAGCCCGCCUCCUGUUCCUGUGCCUCUCAGCCUGAUAAACUGGGUAGCUCCGGAAGUGAUUAGAUGUAGAGCAUGUACAGGAAAAGCUGAUCUCUAUAGUGUGUGCGCCCUUAUACAGGAGAUCUAUACAGAUGCUGUGCCAUGGGGCCCCAUGGACCCACGUUGCAUAAAACGGUCAGUAGAGGCCGGUCAGGCUCUGAUAGCACACCCUGCUGUGUCUGAGCCUUAUUACCAGCUCCUGCAGACUGGCCUCCAGUACAGAGCCCAGCACAGGACCAGCAGCCUGCACGAUCUGUGCUACAAUCUACGCUGUUAUAUCAGAGAGAUAAGAAGCGAGAAUAAGAGAAGUGGAUGGAACUCUUGGUCGGCUCUUCAGUGCAUUCCUGGAUGGGAGACUGACAUUAAUCUGGCGAAAGAACAAGACGCAGCUGUAUUUCAGAACUGCAGGACUGCAGUACACAAUGAUAUCCAGGACCAUCACCUAGAAGGAAUCUACACAGAAGAAGAGAAGUCCACCUCAGACACUGACGACCUCCACUUGGAUAUUUCGCAUCAUGACAACAUUCCAUUGCAUGAAUGGCCUAUUACCCAUCAUGCUCCACUCUUGGAACCAUCUUGUUCUAACUAUAUUGAUACAGACAAGGAUCUGGCAAUCAGUAGCUCCAUCUCAAAGCAUAUUGGCUCCAUUGUUCUCAACCUUAAAGUGUCUGAGGUUCUUCUACAGCAAGCUGAGCAGAGUCUGGAUAAUGUGGAGGCGACUCGAUUGAGCACCCCAUGCUUUGACGAGGUGGAUGCUCAUCAGAAAGAACGCAGUGAUAGUGUUUGGAAGGCUUUUGGGCCACCGUCCAAAAGUUAUACACCCGAGUGGACCAUUAAUGCAGAUGACGAGGUCAGUCAGUACAGCUCAGCUCAAGAUGAGAGCUUUGAGAGCACGUCCUAUCCUAGUAGUGUACAGGAGGAGGAAAGUGACUUCAAGAGUGUCGAAGCAAUAAAGAGAGGACCGCAGCAAACAGGGCGUCAAAGGUUAAAUGUGCAACUUGGGUUGUCAAGGAACCAGAAAGACAGAGCAUACCGAUCUCUCGCAGAACAUUACCAAACAAAACCCACAUGGACCAGUGAUGUUAGUGAUGUGGUGGCGCUAAUGGCACGUGGGUGUUUGGGGAAACCACGGGGUGCUGUGGGCAGCAGUGACAGUGAGGAUGUAGAAGAGCAACAGCUUCACCUACAGGACUGGCAGACACACAACGUCAGACAUAGUGUGAACAGCCACCCGGAAUAUGAGACCCAGGAAAGCACUGAUUUGGAGCAACUGUUCAAGAGUUUUGCUGGUAUUCAGAGUGAUAGUGAGGAGAGCACAAACUACCACACAAUCAAUCAAACUUUUGAUGUGACCAAUGGAGUGCUGAAGGCUACAAGCCAAACUGAGGAUGAGGGAAGUUCGGAUAGUUCAGCUUAUACACAAACUCCUUUAGAGCUGUCUAAUGUGUUCUACACACCUAAACACCACCUGUCCAAAAGCACAUCAUCUGGUGUAGAGCAUUCUCAGUCACUGAGCUCAGAGGAUGAGUUGGACGUCACAGUGGAGGUGUGUCGACCCAGCACAUCUCCAGCAGAAGAAAAACAACCUGUAGAAAACAGUCUGAGUGAAUACCAGCUUGCUCAAGAGGACUCAAAGGAGUCUGAAUCCAUUACCCCUGUGCACAGGUACAUUCCUACUCUCAGUUGUUUGCCAGACCUCGCUGAGAUUGCGGACCUCUCCAGCAUAUCCUGUUCACCGGCUCAGCACCAAAAGUGGCUGGGGUCCGCUGAAGCUCCGCCAAUCCCUCACAGCAGAGGACAUCCACCCUGCAACAGCACCCCACGCAGCCCCAAAGGUCGUAGGACUCUUCAAGAUGUGCAGAUUAGCUCUGAGCCCCUCCCUCACCUCCAGAGCCUGUUGGAUACAUCACCAUGGGGCGGUGCUCCAUCCUACACUGUCUGCACAGAGAGUUACGCCACAGCCAGCGCAGGAGACAGCAGCAAUACAAAUGCCUCUGUGUCUAGCGUCCUGCAGUCUCCAUUGAAAAGAGAAAUGUCUAAGGAGGAAACAUACUCUCCCUCUAGCGGCAAUGCAGAGUUCACCACUGCCAGCUCUGGAGCAAGACAGACCACUGAGACUAGCCAGGAGACCAGUGAAGAGAUGGGGCAUCCUAUUGACAAGAAUAAUCAUUUGGAUGAGGAAGUAGGUGAUUCUAAACAUCAAGAGUCUUCUGAUGAAAAGGUGUUUGAAGAUGAAGACAUCUCAAAGAGAAAGGAAGAGUGUAAGGGUGAAAACCAUGACCAUCUUCCAGAUCUUAACUCUGCUGAUAUGGAAAGUAAUGCAAACUCUCAAAAGAGCAAUAAGAGUCACAGCCUUGAUGACACUGAGAGAGCAAGUUCCACCCUUGAUGAAGAUCUGGAAAGAAUGCAUUCAGAAAGAGUCCCUAGACAGAGAACCCCUGACAUAAAAGCAGAGGGGGAUGUGAAGGACUUGGACUGUCCAGAAAGAGACUACAUAGAGACAGCGGGCCUGUUGAUUCUCUCUGUAGAAGGCAUAAAUAAACUGGGAGUGAGGAUUGAGGCAGCCAAUCAGGAGAACCAUUCUAACAGAGCUCUUGAGCAUACACCUUCUGAGUCAGUCAAACCACACUGUUAAAGAGGAGCCGAUCUCUUGGAUUUCCUCAAGGUCUCUUGCAUCUCAAUCGUUUCCAUUUUAGAUGCGUAAGGGAUGUGGUUUGUGUUCCUUUAUGUUGAAUUUACUGUUAAAAGAAAAAGAUCUUUCCAAAUAAAAGCCUGUUGCUUUUAAACUUGUUCUUAACAUAUGCACAUCUUCGAGUUCUAGCGUUGAUGUUACAAUUUAUUAGCAGAUGAUGUUGUUCAAGGUAAUAUAUAUUUUGACAUUCUGUUCGAUGUUUCUACAAAAAAUGUAUUGCUAUUUGUCAUGUUGUUUAGUAAAGCUUCUAAAUAAAAGAACAUAAAUAUAUAUACACAUCUAUAAAUAAAAGACAUUUUAUUGAAUAAAAAAACAAAAAGGAAUUCACUGAAUCUUACAUUC